GUCUAAACAAAAAAAAAAUUACUAACUUGUUACUGACUACUUUUUUAACCGUUUUCAUGAAAAUCAAAAUGGUCGAAUGAUUUUGCCUAAACCUAGCUUUGCCAUUAAACAAACGUUUAGGCGGUGGAUUUUUAGACGAGGGACAAUAACUAAAAAACAAUACCGAAACAAACAAAACCUAAUAAACCUUUCGGUAUUUAAAGUCUCGAUAACAUCUUCUUCCACAAGUCUCUCUCUCUCUCUUCCAUAGAAAACCUAUGAAGAAGCUCUACAGAAAAGGAACCGUGCACCCAUCGCCGCCGCAGAUAAAAUCCGACGACCACCUUCUCCCUCUCCUUCCCGUCGCCAUCUUCUCUCUCGCGGCGGUUCUCUCGCCGGAAGACCGUGAAGUUUUGGCCUAUCUCAUAUCAACCGCUUCUUACUCCGGCGACCGAAACCCUACCUCUCGUCUGAAUAAGACCAAAGCCCACAAGAAAACCCAUUUCGAUAAUCACUCGCCUCUCUUCCACUGUGACUGCUUCAGCUGCUACACGAGUUACUGGGUCAGAUGGGACUCGUCACCGAGUCGUCAGCUUAUUCAUGAAAUCAUCGACGCUUUCGAAGAUAGCUUGGAGAAGAAGAAGAAGAAGAACGUUACUGGUAAGAAAGAUCGAAGAAAGCGUUCAGGAAAGUCUUCUUCAAUUCUUGCUAGUUCUAGCUUUAGUACGGAUGAAUCCGAGAUUCCGAGUCGACUCGGUGAGUCAGUUGUGAAUUCGUGUCCAUGUUCAAGUUCGAGCGAGUUGGCUCAAGAUGGUGGUGGUUGCAACGGCGGUUUGGAACCAACGGAUGAUUUUUGUGCCCGAGACGCUUGUGAGGAGGCGGAGGAUGAGAAGGGAACCGUGAGGAGAUUUUUGAGUUUCAUUGGUGAGAAAGUUUUAGGUGUUUGGGGAUAAGAAAGUUUUGCCUAUAAAAUUACAAGAAAUAAAAUGUUAGAAAUGUUUUUUUUUUGUUGUUGUUAAUUCACUUGGAUGAUCUUUUUCUAGGCUAAAAUGUUAGAUUAUCCCCAAAGUUUUCAUGUGAAAACAUUAAUUGUGUUUAUAAUGCGACAAAAAUGUCAUUAUAUUAAACACUUGAUUAUAUAGAAAUGGUCAGUAUAAUUGCGCGUA